UGUGUCUGUGUGUGUUUGUUGUCGAGUCUCUUUCGGUCCGUGGUUGGAACUAAAGAUCUCCAGUGACCCGGAGGAGCAGCGGAGCCUCAGGCCGGGAGAUGGACAACAGCAAGCGGACCGUGGUGGUCACAGGUUUCGGGCCUUUUGGCGAGCACACGGUCAACGCCAGCUGGGUCGCAGUGCAGGAACUGAAGAAGCUGGGACUGGGCAGCGAAGUGGACCUGCAUGUGUACGAGGUUCCAGUAGAGUACCAGACAGUCCAGAGUCUGGUUCCUUCAUUAUGGAAGCAGUAUCAUCCGCUGUUGGUCGUUCAUGUUGGAGUCUCCGGAAUGGCCACCACUGUCACCCUGGAGAAGUGCGGCCGAAAUAGUGGCUAUAAGGGUCUGGACAACAGCAGCUUCUGUCCUGACUCACAGUGCUGCAUUGUGGGAGGCCCAGACUGCAUCGACUCAGUUAUUGACAUGGAAUCUGUCUGUAAGAGAGUGACUGCCUCGGGGCUCGGAGUAGCUGUGACUGUCUCCAAAGACGCUGGGAGAUAUCUCUGUGACUUCACCUACUACACGUCUUUGUACCUGAGUCACGGCCGCUCUGCUUUCAUCCACGUGCCUCCUCUUGGAAAGCCUUACAGUGGUGAAGACCUGGGUCGUGCACUGAAGGCCAUCGUCCAAGAGAUCCUUGAGCUUCGUGACCAGGCGGAGGAGAAGCUCCACUGCCAGCAUCACUUCCACUAAGUGACCUCCAGAUGCCAACCAUCCUCUCUCCAGCACUCGCCACACAAGAGAAAUUGCACUUAACCACAAGUAGCCAAACGUCCUCCUUUUUAAAAUCUUUGUCUGUAUUUGGACAAAAUGAAAAUAUCAGCAUAUAGAACUUUUUCAGUGUUUGCUUCUCUUUGUUUUAGGUUUUUGCUUGUUGUUUUUGCUAAGCCUGAUCAUUUGUUGCGUAUAAAUGUCUCCCGAUGGCGAGAAGAUAAAAUGGGAGUUUGAAGACAACCCUUAGUCACACUGAAACGUAAGCCUUUCUGCCACUUCCAAGGAAUAUGAAACAUUUUGACUUUGACAUUUUGAUCAUGGGAAUUACUGUAGGACCACGAAGAAAACCCCGCAGCUAAGUGCUACUCCUUUUUGUUCAUAUGCAGUUCAAAUAGUUCUAGACGGUGUGUAAUGUGGCAAAUAUGGCAACCUUUACCCCAAAAGUGACUACUACUAUUGCACCUUAUAGGGUUAGGGUUAUUGAAUUGGUUAUAGAAGUCACAUUUGGGGUAACUGCUAUAUCCUCUUUAUACAAUUAGAUUUUCUUCAUCCUUAGAUUUUGAGUUUCCAUCUGUCACAAUAUGUUUCAGUCCACAGAUCUUAACACCUGGAUGUCUCUAAAUGGUAAAUGACCAUGAUAAAUUAUGUAGAGAUGUUCAGCAUUAAGCUGUAAUCUUAUUUCAAUUCCCUUCAGAUACUUUUCCAGUUGCUCUAUAGCCUAAUUGUGCUGUUUUCACAUUUUAUGUUGAGUUGUUUCUUGAGUGCUUUUUCUUUAUAAGAAGUUGUAAAUUUGCCUUCUUUUACAAAGGUUAUUUUAAUCAGGGAACGGGUUGGUUCCAGCUCAUCUUCCCCCAGGUUUUUGGCCCAAUUCUGAGGAAAUUCAUGUUGUGGUUUUGCCAAAAUUCUGUUAGAGUUACAGAAUUAGAGAAUUGGGCCUGGACAUUUAUUUCUGUAGCACUUUCUUUAUCCACUUGUACUUAUUCUGGAAUUUGAACUGCAUUUUUCAAAGAAUUUGCAUGUUUUAUUUUAUUUUCAGUCACUUUAUUACGACAUAUGUAGCUUUCCAGAUAUUCACACACAUCCAUCCCAUGUUUAACCUCCCCUCCCAUUGAUUAUCAUGCAUGUGUGGUAUGCUUUAUAGGUGGCUUAUGCUUUACUUUCCUGAGCUUUGGUUUGUUCAACCUGCAGCAAAUUCUUUCAUCAUGUCUGUGAUGGUGCCACACUCCAGGUGUCAAGUUUCUCUUUUUAAUAUUUGUCUGUUUCACUGUGUUCACGAGCAUUUUCCUGACGGCUGAGCGGUCGCUCAGUACCUCCCACAACACCAAGCACAGCUUCCGUUUUAUAUGUUUCAGUAGUAAAUGUAGCAUUGAACGUUGUAUAUGCGGCUGCACCCCCCAGUGUAUCACCAACACUAUCUCCCUGUUUAAUACAAAGAUGUAGUGUGUAUAUAUAUAUAUAUAUAUAAACUGCCAUACCUAGUUUUGAGAAACUAGCAUCAUCUUACAUUGAACUGAACAAGAUUGAACUUCAUCUCAGACUUUGAUUUCUCAUCUCAGCCUUUGGCAUUUACCUCCUCCUGUCUUGUUGAUGUGGUUUAAAACUCUCCUGGAAAUAUUGCAAAUUUUUUAAAUGAGUUUGCAGGUGCUAGUAUUUUACUGUGUGGCUUUACAAGUGCUGAGAUGUGAAAGAGUUGUGGAGGAGCUCCCCCUAAAAAAUGUGUCCGCUCUCAAAUGUGAAAGCCUCGAGUUUACGUACGAGGUGACAUCUGACCCUGACUCUUUCCUGUGCCUUGCUGUUGUUUAUGUGUGUUAUGAGGCCUUAAAAAUGCUCAGCGGGUCAGUUCAAAGAUAUAUUACUGAUUCUGUCCAGUCAGAUGUGUGGCUACCUCAAGAAUACUUUUUAUCUCUGUGCGUGCUCUGUUGUAUAACAUAACGGCUCUGUGAAAUAUUGUGAGUUCCUGUGUUUGGGGAGUUUCCUCUGCCUCUGACAUUAACAUAGCACAAUAAGUAAUUCUGGCUUUGUAAAAGAAAAAGCUUUGAGGUAAAGAAUUAAAGGAUCAUAAAUAUUGUUUGUGUCCAGUACUUCAACUUUGUUUGUUUUGUAUUUUUCCACCAGUGGUUUUUAUGAAAAACAAUGUCUUGUCAAAUGUACAAACACACAGUUGUAUUAAAGGUGCCAAUCAAAGAUCAUA